ACUCCCUGGGAGUGGUGCUUGGGCAGGCCUGACCCUUACCUGGCUGGUGGGGCUGCUCCAGGUGAGUUGUUGCUGGGACUGGCACAGGGAUAGGAGCCGGAACACACGGGAGAGGAGAAUGGGGAUCGCAGGGUCCAGCCUGUACCUUACAGCACUCCUGCUACUCCUACAGAACUAUUGUGAAGUUGGGCAAUGUUUUUGCAAAAGAGGAUUUUCCAAACGUAAAAUUGAGGCAGUGGUUGAUCCAUGUGUUUCUGAAGGGGACAUGAUAGUUGAAGUGCAAUUCCGUGACUGUGCCUUGGAGAAUAAUGUCCAGUUCAGAACCAGCGACAGCAGGUUUGAAGUGGAUACUGUGGGAGUUGUACAUGCAUCUCGGACCCUAACCAUCGGUUCGAAACUUAAGUUCAGUGUUUUGGCAGAUGACUUGGAAACUUGUGAAACUUGGAGAGUGGACAUUCAGCUCAGCCCUUUGAAAAAUACUGAGCUUGUAGAGAGGGCCCUUAAAGUUAUCCAUUUUCCAAAGAAAAGAAGCUCCAGACGGCAAAAGAGAGAAUGGGUCAUUCCACCACUGGAUGUCCGUGAACAUGAGCCUCCGAAGCACCUUAACCCCAUUGCUGUUAUUCGAUCAGACGCUGAGGAUAUGCCAGGUGUUACAGUAACCUACCACAUCACUGGCAAGGGAGCUACCGAGCCACCUAUCAAUCUGUUUAUAAUCGAUCCUCGAACCGGUGAAUUAAAUAUUACAGGAGAGGUGGACCGCGAAGUAAAUGCAUUUUUCAAACUUACAGGUCAGGCCUAUGAUCAAAAUAGAAAGCCAAGAGAGAAGCCGAUAGAACUCGUUGUUAAAGUUUUAGACAUCAAUGAUAAUCCUCCAGUUUUUACAAAACAAGUCUUUCAAGGGAGUGUUGAAGAACUGAGUCAAUUUGGCACCUCUGUAUUACAGCUGACUGCAACUGAUGCUGAUGAAGGGGAGAAUGCCAUAAUCCAUUACAGGAUCAUAAAGCAAGGUAUCAAAGAGGAAUUUACUGCUACAGCAAAUGGGGAAAUUAAAGUUACAAGUCAGAACCUUGAUCGUGAAACCCAGGAUUUCUAUAGUUUCAUUCUUGAAGCUCGUGAUCUGAAAGGGAACAGUCAAGGACUCACUGCUACAGCAACAGCUCAGAUCAAGAUUUUAGAUGUUAAUGACAACAUCCCCACUGUGGAAUACUUUGAGUAUGAAGUAAGCGUGAAAGAAAACUUGAAAAAUAUCCAAGUGAUACGCAUAAAGGUGACAGAUAAAGAUGAAGAGUUCAGUGAUAAUUGGUUGGCACACUUUGAUAUUAUUGAUGGCAAUGAAGGUGAAUAUUUCCGGAUUGAAGUCGAUAAUCGAACAAAUGAGGGAACUUUGAUUAUUCAGAAGGAACUGAACUAUGAAGAAGUGAAACAGGUGAAUUUGUUUAUUCGGGUCUCUAACAAGGCACCAUUCCACAGCUCAGUCUCCACAAGCAGCAUUGUAAGGCCUAUUAAAAUAAAACUCAUAGUGACAGACGUGCCAGAAGGGUAUGAAUUUAGGCCCUCAAGAUGGAUGGUAACGUUUACAGAAAGUACCACUGGCAAGCUGGUCCAUAAAGUGCUGGGGAAGUAUCCUGCUGUUAGUGCAGAUACUGGCAAACAGAGCAAAAUGACCAAGUACGCCAAGGAUAUUGAUGCCGCUAACUGGUUAGUGAUCAACCCUGACACUGGUGAGGUUACUUUCAAUGGCAUCCUCGAUCGAGAGUCUCGCUAUGUGACUAAUGGGACGUACACCGCGACCAUAUUGGCCAUAAAUAAUGAACGUACUCCAGCCUCAACCUCCACAGGAACCAUUGUUAUUCGAAUGCAGGACGCCAAUGAUCAUCGGCCAAACUUUGUGGAUUUACAUCCAUGUAUGUGCAGCAAUGCAAAGUCCUUGAGCCUCACUGCUUUUGAUGCAGAUGGACCUCAGUAUGCAGCCCCUUUCCAGUUUAAUCUAAACUCUAAUCCAAAGUGGAAAUUAGGUCGUACUAAUGCAACUAGCAUGGAGCUGAUAUCUGUCAGAGAUUUAUGGCCUGGAAUAUUUACUGUACCGAUAUCUAUCAAAGAUAACGAUGGAAAUGGGCACUUGGUAACCCUCAAUGUUCACGUCAUUGAUUGCCAUGAGAGCAACAGAUGCAAGGCCGAGAAAUUAUCCCAGUCAUCAAAGGUAUUCCUUGGUGCAGCUGCUGUGAGCCUCAUGGUGUUGGUCUUACUGCUGCUCCUGCUUGUUCCUUUGCUGCUACUGCUCUGUCAAUGUGGUGGUGGAAUGGGGAAACGAGGAUUUCGUGUGAUACCACCCGAGCCUGUGGGCUCCCUCGCAAAAUGCAACUUUGAAGGUGGAGGGCCUGUCGACACGAUGGUGCCAAUCAUUUCUCACGUCGGUAUAGCAGAUAUGAUUCAACAACCGGCAAGCAUUGAUGGAGCAGGAACUAGAAAAGACGCAGUUUCCACUGGUCUUAAAGGAUCGGGUGAUGUCGUAGGACCUGGUGACAUAGCAAUGGAUGAAUUCAUGCGGAUAAUUGGGAAACAGAUUAUUUGGGACGACAAAGAAGCCAAAUACAACGUUUCCAAAACACCUCGGAGUCAAUUGGUUUCCGUUUGGGAUGACAGAGUUUGGCAGAGUGCCCCUGGAACCUCGGCAGGGGGUCUGGCUUGCAGUCAGUUCUCAUCUGGUGAAAAACUGUGGGAAGGUUCUUGUAAAACUUUCAUCGAUGAAUACAUCCAUAAGAAGUUAUCGUUGGUCUCCCAAAGAGAAUGGGAAUCUCACUCAUCGCGUGAUGUUUUGCUGGUGUACGCCAACGAAGGGACUAACUCACCCUGUGGUUCCCUUGUCAGCUGCAGCUGCAUUGAGGAUGCUGUCAGAGAUGACUCCUUCCUUAAUGACCUGGACUCAAAGUUCAGCAAUCUGGCAGAGAUCUGUCAGAGCCACCACUCUGCCUCCGUCAAAUCAGCGUCCCUCGGAUCGACGGUGGCAGCUGACCCUCCGAUCCAGGUGUCCUACAACAUGAAUGAGGGGUCCGUCUGGCAGGAGGCGGUAAAGCUGGCAAGCACAACCCACAAGGUGCAAGAAGCCCCUGUUCAGAAACACAUUGUAAUCACCACCACCAUCAGUCCGAGCGGGAAGGACACGCCAGCGAUCGCUGACCCCAUGUUAAUCCAACAAAUGGCGAUGGCAAAUGUCCAGUUGGGCACUGAGGAUAUGCAGGGUGUCACUGAUCCAACGCUGGGCCAGAAGACAACCAAAUUGAAUUCUGCUGUGGAUCACGCAGUGGGAACAGUCCCAUCUUUCUCCUCAGUGUCUGUCAUCCAAAAGAGUGCGCUGGUGACCAGUUCGGUUAGGUCAGAAAUGACAGAGAUGCAACCCAUGAUAACAGAGCCAUCGCUUGGAUCAGUACCCAUACUCCAGAAGAAUGUGGUAGUGACCAGAUCGGUUGAUACUGGCACAGGACCGAUACAAGGUGGCACCACUCAACCAUCAGCCGGCCAGGCAUCUCUCAGACGGCAAGUGCGGGUGACUCAGUCGGGUAAUUCGGGGAUGGGCGACCCACAAGGCUUGGCCGCAGACCUGUCCGUUGGUCAGGUGCCAGUAAUCCAGAAGAAUGUGGUGGUGGGUGGAUCACUCCAUUCAGGAGCGGGAGGAAUCCAGGGCAUUUCCAUGGAGCCAGCGAUUCCCAAAGAUUUGGUCACGGGUCCGUUUGGUGGUGGCACGUACAGAUCUGUUAAAAAAGUAACCAAAACCGUACAGUUGUUACAGGAAUAGACAUUUUUCUUCAAUCAAAUACGUAUGCAUCAUUUUGGCCUUCUGGAGGGGAAAUGUUUUAAAAGAAUGUAAGAACGAGGAGUAGGCCAUUCAGCCCUUCAAGCCUGGUCUGCCAUUUAGUUUGAUCAUGGCUGAUCUCACCUUGGCCUCAACUCUACUUUCCUGCCCAUCCCUCAUAACCCUUCAAUCCAUUGUUAAUUAAAAAAUCUAAUAAAAACCACAAGUAGGAGUUGGUGAUUUAGCCCCAGGAGCCUACAAACAAAUAUCAUUGAACCCUGGGACCGCUCAUAUACCAGUACAACACAAAUCCCAAAGCAGCAAACAUACUCCUAGACCAAAGAGCUAGCAAGUAAACCCAAACUCAAGGAUCAGCUCAAUAUUGGUCAUUUUAAAGGUUGGCCGUUUUUUGGAGGCGCCGUUUAUUUUCUGGCACACAUGCUUUUUAGUUCAACAGCCCAUUGUUUUUCCAAGAAUUGAGUGCAAGAUAAUUCAACUGCCCACUAAUCUUGCAUUGUCAAUAGUCAGUUGCUUGUUUGACCAAAAAAAACUUAACAUUUUAAAGUUGGACAAACAAACGCAACAUGGAGAUUUUUUUAAAAAUUACAAUUUGUAUUUAUCACUCUUUAUCUACUUUUAUCACUCCUGCGAAAUGAGAUUAACACAUUUAUUUACUUUCUUGAUGUUAUAUUUCUAGCUCCAGAUUUGACAAAAGGAUAUUUGUUUUUGCAAAAAUCAUUAAAAUGUUGUCAUAGCAUUUAAAUAAACUUGGGUUGUUACAAAAUAUGGUCAUACAGCACAGAAACAGACUGUUCAGUCCAACUCGACCCUGCUGACCAAAUAUCUUCAAUUUAUCUAGUCCCAUUUGCCAGCAUUUGACCUAUAUUUCUCUAAAUCCUUCCGAUUCAUACACCCAUCCAGAUGCCUUUUAAAUGUUGUAAUUGUACCAGCCUCCACCACUUCCUCUGGCAGCUCAUUCCAUACAUGCACCACCCUCUGCACGAAAAAGUUGCCCCUUAGUUGCCAAUUUUAUUGCCCAUCCCGAACUGUCCAGGGAGUAGUUAAGAGUCAACCACAGCAGAUUUCCUUCCCUGAAGGACAUUAUUGAACAAGACGAGUUUUUAUUUAAAUGACCAUUCUUUGGUUUCAUGGCACUCUUGACAAUAGCAGACCUCUAUUCCAGACUUGUUUAUUUCAUUGAGUUUAAAUUCCCCAACUGCAAUGAUGAGAUUAGAAUUCAAGAUGGCAUCAGUGAUGUCUCAGCUGGUUGGUUUAGCCAUGGUUAAUGCAGCAUUAUGGGAAUAGGGUAGGGGGACUGAUUGCAAUACUCUUUGGAGGGUUAGAGCGUACUCAAUGCAGCAAAUGGCCCACUUUCGCACUGUAGGUAUUCAAUGAUUGGUCCAGUAACACAAUAGUAGUCUGUCAUACCCCUCCUCUUGCAAGCACAUUCUGCAUCAAGCUUCUCCAGUCAAAUGGUAGGGUCUCAAACAAGCAAUGGUUUGCUGAUUUCUGGGUGUAAUUGGUGUGAAGGCUGCUGUUGAUAACACACAAUUACUUUUUCUUGCCUUUUCUCAUAAGCUCUCAGUGAAAAAUGUAUGCUUCACAAGACCACAAGAUAUAGGAACAGAAGAUAAUAAAAUGUGAGGCUGGAUGAACACAGCAGGCCCAGCAGCAUCUCAGGAGCUCAAAAGCUGACGUUUCGGGCCUAGACCCUUCAUCAGAGAGGGGGAUGGGGUGAGGGUUCUGGAAUAAAUAGGGAGAGAGGGGGAGGUGGACCGAAGAUGGAGAGAAUUUGGCUUUUCAGCCCAUCUUAAACCAUCGUACUGAUAGUCCUUGUAAAAAAAAAUCAAAUAUCACUAUUCCAAAAUGGAGAAGAGGGCAUUCUCCCCGAUGACCUGGCCAACAUUUGUUCAUCAAUCAACAUCACAAAAACAAAUGGGCUAGUCAUUAUUAAGCUGCUGUUUGACAUACAGGAGGCAAUGGUCAAUGGUAUUAUCGCUGGACUGUUAAUCCAGGGACCCAGGUUCAAAUAAUGCCAGGGCAGAUGGUGGAAUUAGAAUUCAAUAAAAAUCUGGAAUUAAGAAUCUAAUGAUGCCCAUGAAUCUAUUGUCUAUUGUUGGAAAGACCCAUCUGGCUGACUAAUAUCCUUUAGGGAGGGAAACUGCCAUCCUUACUUGGUCUGGUCUACAUGUGACUCCAGACCCACAGCAAAUGUGGUUGACCCUUAACUGCCCUCUGAGCAUUGCGGGAUGGGCAAUAUAUGCUGCCUAGCUAGUGACACACUCAUGAAUGAACGAAUAAAAAAUAAUACAGGGCACAGGGACUUGCAAAUUGAUUGGUACAUUUUCUACAUUACAAUGGUGACUAUAAUUCAAAAAUGAACAGGGUGGGGGUCAGUUUAUCAGCUAAACAGCUGGUUAGCAAUGCAGAACGAUGCCAACAGAAAUCACUGGAAGAACUCAGGGUCAUUGGUUCUGAAAUGUUAACUCUUUCUCUCUACACUGAUGCUGCCAGGCUUGUUGAGUCUCUCCUGCAAUUUCUGUUUGUUUCAGAUCUCCAGCAUCUGCAGAUCUCUGCUAAAUCAAAACUGAAAGAACUGCAGAUGCUGUAAAUCAGAAAUGAAAAUGGCUGUCACUCCACUGAUGCUGCCCCACCUGCUGAGCUUUUCCAGCAAUUUCUAUUUUUGUUUCCGCAAUUCUUUGCCUUAUUUUAGUGAUGCCAACUGCAUGGGUUCAAUUCCUGCACGAGAUGAGGUUACCAUGAACAAUUCUCAUUUUCAAACUCUCUCCACACCUUAAGUGUGGUGACUCUUAGGUUAAAUUACCACCUGUCAUCUCUCUUUAAUGAGAGAGCAGCCCUAUAGUCUACAGGACUAUAGUAAAUUUACUGUUAUUUCAAACCAUGCUUCACUGCCUGUAAAGCUGCUGUGGCUCAAUGGCUAUCACAGUUGCCUCACUGCAGCAGGGACCCUGGUUUGAUUCCAACCAUCAGACAACUGUGGGCACAGGUUUCCUCCAGGCAGCCUCUGGCUUCCUCCCACAGUCCAAAGAUGCAUAGGUUAGAGUGGCUUAGCCAUGCUAAAUUUCCUGCUGUGUCCAGGGAUGUGCAGGCUAGCUAGAUUAGCCAUGGGAAACGCAGGAUUACAGGGACAGAGUAGGGAGCCGAGUCUGGGUGGAAUGAUCUUUGGACGGGCAGUGCGGAUUUGGUGGGCCGAAUGGCCUGCUUCCACGCUGUAGUGAUUGAAUGGAUUCUGUAUGCACAUCUUUCUCACCAUGAAACACAUCCCAGAGCACUUCAUCCAUCAAUUUGGUGACUUCGGUAAAGUUUAGGCUUUUGGCUGAAAGUACUAACUGUAUAUUCUCGGGAGCGUCAUCAUGUAAAAUAGGUGAUUUUUAAUGGGACCAUUUAACUUUCUUAAGCAGAACAACAUACGUUGAAUGGGGACUAUUUUAUAUAUUCUGUGGUAUUUGUGUUAAUAGUCAAUAAAAAGCAAAUUAAAUACCUUUCUCCAUUGGAGUUUGACACACUGUGCAGAAGGAAGUAGAAUGUUUUCUUGAAAUUACUGAACUUUUCUCUCUGGUCUCUACGUUAAGUUUUUUUCUGAGUAACUUCAAUUUGCAUUUAUUUGCAUCAGUUUGGUAACCCUGCCCUUAAGGGUUUAAUGACUUCAGUUGAAAAGGCGCAUCCGGUUAAUUGUAUACUGUAAAUAAAAGAGAAACAAGCAAUCUGAGCGUGAUCUUCUCUGAAAGUAUUUUAAAGAAGUUGCAUUAUAAGUUUCAAUGUUUUGCUUAAAAUAAAGGGUUUUUCUGUA